GUAUUCCUCCUAUUUUUCAGAUUAUCAGCAUUUGAACAGACCACAUCAUGCGUGAGUACAAGCUAGUGGUCCUUGGUUCAGGAGGCGUGGGGAAGUCUGCUUUGACAGUACAGUUUGUCCAAGGAAUCUUUGUUGAAAAAUAUGACCCUACAAUAGAAGACUCCUACAGAAAGCAAGUUGAAGUUGAUUGCCAACAGUGUAUGCUUGAAAUCCUCGAUACAGCAGGGACAGAGCAAUUUACAGCAAUGAGAGAUCUGUAUAUGAAGAAUGGCCAAGGGUUUGCACUAGUAUAUUCUAUUACAGCUCAGUCCACGUUUAAUGACUUACAGGACUUGAGGGAACAGAUUUUACGAGUUAAAGAUACAGAAGAUGUUCCAAUGAUUUUGGUUGGCAAUAAAUGUGACCUGGAAGAUGAGCGAGUAGUUGGCAAAGAACAGGGUCAGAAUUUAGCAAGACAGUGGUGUAACUGUGCCUUUUUAGAGUCUUCUGCAAAGUCAAAGAUCAACGUUAACGAGAUAUUUUAUGACCUGGUCAGACAAAUAAAUAGAAAAACACCAGUGGAAAAGAAGAAACCUAAAAAGAAAUCCUGCCUGCUGCUUUAGACCCCACUGUGCAGCAGCUCUGAGCCAGAUUACAGGAAUGAAGAACUGUUGCCUAAUUGGAAAGUGCCAGCAUUCCAGACUUCAAAAAAUACAUGAAUUAAUUAACAACAUACCUGAAGAGGCUUCUCCUGUUUUAUAUAUUAUGUGAAGAAUCCAGAUCUUAUAAUGGUUUGCACAAGUUCCCUGGAGAAAAAAUUGCUCUGUGUAUAUCUCUUGGAAAAAGAAGACAAUAGUAUUUCUCCUUUGCAAUAGCAGUUAUAACAGAUGUGAAAAUAAAUAUACUUGACUCUAAUAUGAUUAUACAAAAGAGCAUGGAUGCAUUUCAAAUGUUAGGUAUUGCUACUCUAAUUAAACGAUUUCAUAUUGACCUUUUUAUCAUAAUUCCUCCCCAUCAAGCACUAAAAAGUUGAACCAUUAUACUUUAUAUCUAUAAUGAUAUAGAUAUAGAAUAGGAAAUUUUCCCACAAACUCACUGCAGCAAAUAACUUUUUUGAGUCAUUGACUUCAUUUUAUAUUUAAAAAAUUAUGGAAUAUCAUUCUGCCAUUAUAUUCUAAUUAAAAUUGUUUGUGCAUAAUGCUUUGGAAAAAAUGGGUCUUUUAUAGGAAAAAAAACCUGGGAUAACUGAUUUCUAUGGCUUUCAAAGCUAAAAUAUAUAAUAUACUAAACCAACUCUAAUAUUGCUUCUUGUGUUUUACUGUCACAGAUUAAAUUACAGCUUUUAUGAAUGAUUAAAUUUUAGUACAUUUUCAUUUGGUUUGUGUGUUUUUGUUACUGUUCCACAGAUAAGGAAUUUUUUUUUUUUAAUACGGACUGAUUUGUUUGAAAUGAAGCAAUAGCCUCCUCCUUGCCCUGUACCUAUAUAAUAGUUGGUUUUAUACCCUAAUAGUAAUGGUUUCUCAAGGAACAGACUCAGUUACUGUUCUAAUAUAUUUCAUCCUAAUAUAUAGCAAACUACACUGGGCUACAUGAAACCAUUUUGUAUAUUCUCUUGGAUCUUAAAGAUUGUAUUCUACUGAAUAUCCCUGUGUACAU